AAGUGAAACACAAAAUUAUGAUUUGCUUAGCGUAACGUCUUUCCAAAGAUUCACAAAACCCCAAAACCACCCAAUAGCCUAAAGAGGAUGUACCAAUUUUCUGUACCCCCAAAUCUGAGCCUUUUCACUCACCUCUUUGCUCCUCCUCCUUUACUCUCACCGGAAAACCACUUCUCUAAUUUCUCUGUUUUAAAGUUAUUCUGCUUUAAAACUAGUGCUGUUUGAGCUGUAAAAUCUUGAAAAAAUGAGGACUUUAUCAGAAACUCAUAAUGGGGUUUUGAGUUAUGGUGGAAUUUCUUGAAUCUUGAUCUUUCUUUGCAGGAUUUAGGCCAUGGCGACACUGAAACAGCUAAUGGGUAAGUGUAUUUUGUUUUGAAAAUACAAUGUGAGAGCUGAAUUUCCCAUUUUGGAGAGAAAGAGUGAGAGUUACUGUGUGUGUGUGUGAGUGUGAGAUGAUGGUGGCUGCUGUUUCAACAAGUGGCCGACAAAACCCCAAAGAUGAGCCUUCAAGAAGACCUCCAUUGUUACCAGACAAUAAUGGAGUUGGAGUUGCUGCUAACCUUAAAAGACCCAAAUCAAGAACUGUCCAAUCUCGUUACAUGUCCCCUUCUCCUUCCACUUCCUCUUCUAAUUCUUCUUCACUAUCUUCAACUUCAACUUCUUCUAGUACUAGACGAUUCCCUUCUCCUUUAGUUUCAAGAAAUUUGUCAAAUACUACUACUCCUGUUUCAGGUCCCAAAAGAUCUGUUUCAGUGACUGACCGGAGACGGUCGUCUGCGGUUUCUAGGCCUCUUACACCUGAUCUUGAUUCUAAAGUAAGCAGUAAUGUAGGUGAAGUUUCUGCAGCAACAAAGCUGCUGGUGACUUCUACUAGGAGUUUAUCAGUUUCAUUUCAAGGUGAAACCUUUUCACUACCUGUAAGUAAGACUAAGGUGGCUCCACCUUCUCCUAAUUUGAGUAGUUUAAGGAAAGGAACACCUGAGAGGAGGAGGAGUACUAGUAGUGGUAGUACUACUACUCCUCUUAGAGGGAGAGCUGAUUAUGGUGGGGCAGAUCAGUUGGAGAAUUCUAAGCCUAUUGAUCAGCAUCGUUGGCCGGGGAGGGCUAGGCAGGGGAAUCCGCUGGCGAGGAGCUUAGAUUGUAGUAAUAAUAAUGGGGAUAGAAACAAGGUUAUUGGAUCUGGGAAUGUAAUUAGGACACUGCAGCAAUCUAUGAUUGAUGAAAGGAGGGCUUCAUUCGAUGGAAGGUUGAGUCUUGAUUUGGGAAAUGCUGAGCCGGCUUUGAAGGCUGUUGAACAACCUCAGGACGUACAUAAUGAGUCGUCUCUACCCUCUGAUCUUACUGCAUCUGACACGGAUAGUGUUUCUUCUGGUAGUACUUCAGGAGUGCAGGAGUGUGGUGGGAGUUCACGUAUACGCGGCGUGCCUCGUGGCAUUGUUGUUUCUGCUAGGUUUUGGCAAGAAACAAAUAGUAGGUUGAGGAGGUUGCAGGAUCCUGGGUCGCCUUUAUCGACAAGUCCAGGUUCCAAAUUGGUUGUGCCACCGAAGUUGAGAAAGUACUCUAGUGAUGUCCCAAUAUCGUCCCCGCGAACAAUGUCAUCGCCUAUUCGUGGAAGCAUUCGGUCUGCAUCUCCUAGUAAGCUUAUUGGGUCAUCUCCUUCCAGAGGAAUGCCUAGUCCAUCACGUGUCAGAAAUGUGGUUAGCACUAUUAAUAGUAACUUCCUUGAGACCCCUUCAGUUCUUAGUUUUGCUGUUGAUGUUCGGAGGGGGAAGGUUGGCGAAAAUCGAAUUGUUGAUGCACACUUGUUGCGGCUUCUGUACAAUCGACACUUACAAUGGCGCUUUGUAAAUGCUACGACUGAAGCAACUUUGCUGGUGCAAAAACACAAUGCAGAGAAAACUUUGUGGAACGCAUGGAUAACAAUAUCAGAUUUACGUGAUACAAUCACUAAGAAAAGACACAGGCUACAGUUGCUGAGGCAGAAAUUGAAGCUAGCUUCCAUUUUAAAGGGACAGAUGAUGUCCUUAGAAGAUUGGUCUUCAUUUGAUAAAGAACACUCCAUCUCACUGCUUGGAGCAAUUGAAGCCUUGAAAGCGAGCACUCUCCGUCUACCGGUCAUUGGAGGAGCUCAUGUUGACAUCCAAAACUUGAAGGAUGCUGUUAGUUCAGCGCAUGGUGUGAUGCAGGCAAUGGCAUCCUCAGUCGGUUCCAUUUUUGGCAAGGUGGAGGAAUUAAAUUCUUUGGUAAGUGAACUUGCCAAAGUAGCUGCCAAAGAGCAGGCUUCUCUUGAACAGUGCAAAGAUUUCUUGUCGAUGAUAGCAACAAUGCAGGUUAAAGACUGUAGUUUGAGAACACACGUAAUACAACAUAACCGCGGAUCAACAGCCUGACAAUACAGGUGUAGAACUGAUGUUAUUUGACAAAAUUUUUAAUGCUAACACCCUAUAGUAACGGUGGCCAGAGCAAGAGAACGAUGACUAGUCCUGGUUCUUGUUUGGCAUUUUUGCAACACAUCUGCUCCCAGCUCAUGUAUUCUUCUCUGUCAGAAGAUUUCGGAAAUGAUUUCUUUCCCACUAAUCAGCUGUAUACAUGCUCUAAUCUUUCGUUCUUUUCUUUUUCCACUGUUUGUCAAGGAAGAAGAGAAAAAAGAACUCGUGUAUAUAUAUGUAAAAUUCUAAUUAGACAAUCAUUCAGCACUUCCUGGAACUUCCUAGUGUUUUCAUCUCUGUAUCUCUCUGUGGUGUGUGAGCGCGCGUGUUGUUUCCUGUGAAUGUGUAAGAAUUUGCUUCCCAGAUUCCAACUUGUAAGAGUAUGAAAGAGAUUAGUUUAGACAGGUUGUUUUGGGAGAA